CGUUCGGGCUUAAAACGCUCGCGAAAAAAAACGCUUCGCUAAGAAAAACGCGAAAAGUUCAACGAAAAUCAAACGAAAAAGUUUUCAAGCAGCAAGCUAUCCGUUUUCGGGUUUUUUUUGCUGCUAAAAAGUUUUCGAUUCGAAGUUAAUUAGUUUCGCGUUUAAGGAUAUUUUCGAGCUACAAACAAAUCAUGUUGAAAUAUAUACUGCCUGCUUUGCUGUUGAUUGCCUCAUGCCUCGGCACACCGGUAAGCCAAACCCGUCGCUUCCCCAAUGACUUUCUCUGGGGCGUUGGUUCCUCAUCUUAUCAAAUCGAAGGCGGUUGGAAUGCCGAUGAUAAAGGUGAAUCCAUUUGGGACUUUUUAACCCACACGCAUCCCGAGAAGAUUGCCGAUCAAUCCAAUGGUGAUAUAUCCGCAGAUAGCUAUCAUCAGUGGCGUCGCGAUGUUCAAAUGGUUAAAGAACUACAUGCUGGCACCUAUCGUUUCUCCUUGUCUUGGCCAAGGAUCAUGCCCGGUGGCUAUAUGAACCAUGUGAGCACCGCGGGAAUCAAGUACUAUUCGAACCUGAUCGAUGAACUCCUUCGGUAUAAUAUCACACCCAUGGUAACGAUCUAUCAUUGGGAGCUGCCGCAGAAGCUGCAAGAGCUAGGAGGCUGGACCAAUCCAGAGAUCAUACCUUUGUUCAAGGACUAUGCUCGUUUGGUGCUCGAGAUGUACGGGGAUCGAGUGAAGAUCUGGACAACUAUAAAUGAGCCGUGGCAUGUGUGCGAACAUGGCUAUGGAGUGGACUAUAUGGCGCCAUCGUACAAUUAUCCUGGCAUUCCUGCCUAUUUGUGUGGUCAUAAUCUUCUAAAAGCUCAUGCCGAGGUGGUGCACAUGUAUAGAGAUCUCUUCCAGAAGCGUCAGGGUGGUCGUAUGGGCAUCACCCUGGACACUUCUUGGCCGGAGCCGAGGAAUCCCGACUCUGCCGAGGAUCGUGAGGCCUCCGAGCGGGCCAUGCAGUUCUAUGUGGGUUGGUUUGGUCAUCCGAUCUUCUCCAAACAUGGCAACUAUCCCAAGGUGAUGAUCGAGCGUAUACGUAAUCUGAGCAAGGAGCAAGGAUUUGGCGUUCGCUCUAGGUUGCCCGAAUUUACCACAGAGGAGAUUCAUCGCAUUCGCGGCACUGCCGAUUUCUUUGGCAUUAACUCGUAUACCAGUAACUUGGUUACCUCAAAUGGACAUAAUAAUACUGGAGGAUUCCCAGUGCCAUCAUUCAAUCAUGAUAUGGGCGUUGUGGAGAGUCAAAAGGAAGUCGACUGGCCGGGAUCUGGAUCGGUUUGGUUAAAGGUUUAUCCCAAGGGCAUGUAUAAUCUUCUCAUGUGGAUUCACCGCGAAUACAAUGGUCCCGAGAUAAUUGUCACUGAGAAUGGUGUUAGUGAUCGCGGUGGACUGGAGGACUAUGCCCGCGUAGAUUACUUUAACCAGUAUCUCUCUGCAGUCCUGGAUGCCAUGGAGGAUGGUGUCAAUAUCAGUGGAUACAUUGCCUGGAGUCUGAUGGAUAGUUAUGAGUGGAAGGCUGGCUUCUCAGAGAAGUUUGGCCUCUACCAUGUAGACUUUAAUUCCCCGGAACGCACUAGAACGCCAAAAAUCUCUGCAAGGGUCUUUGCCCAAAUCUGUAAGACAAAUACCAUUGAUUGGAGCUAUCGGCCGAAGCUCGAUGAGGAGCAGAAACUGGUGGCCAUGGCCCAGUUGCCGGCGGAAGAGGAUCAAAUGUUUAGAUCAAGUGGAGCCCAAAGAGCCAUCAGCUGGAGUCUGAUGGUUGCUUUGCUAAUGGUUCUUCUCCGAUGAGGAGGAGAAGGAGGAAAAGGAGACUCUUGCCAUAAUGAACUUGUCAUUGUCCAUGGUGCCAAGUAUUGUUUGCUACUCCUAGGCCUAAGUUUUAUUCUUCCAUCUUUGUAAUAUAUUAAUUUGUAUUUAAGCUACAA